AUGGUCCAUUAUAUAUUUAGUUAUUUAGUUUCCACUUUGAUUACUAUUACUCUAUAUUGUACACUAGUAUCUGGAAACUUGGAUUCAAUCAAUGUUCAAUCAAAUACUGAAUUGGAUUUUUCAUCUCCUGGUGAAUUUAAGUCGGCAUAUUUAUUAUUAGAACAUGAAUGUAAUGUGAAUAAUAAGUCUACUGGUAUAUCAGAGUUAGUAUUUGAAAAUCCUCCUCCUCCUCCGAAAUUCCAGUUAGAGAAGAUAUCUUUACCAAUGACUACAUUAAAAGAUGAAAUUGUAAUUCCAAUUCCAAAAGUCAGGCCAGAGCCACUUUUUGAUCCCAAAGUAGGGAUUUAUGAUACACUAGUAAAAGAAGAAUUAUCGUUUCCAAAUGCUCUUGAUAUAGAGGAACAAAAGGGUACCGUGACUGAAUUAGCCAUUGGUGGCUCUUUUCAGUUUGUAGCACCAAUUAAAAAAAAGAAUCCGCUUGGACAACCGGAUCCAUCAGACUCCUUUAUUAAAGCUAGUUCAUUGAUAAAUAACCAAAGAGAUAAAGAAGAGUCUAUAGUUGAAGUUAAUCCAAAUAUAUUGCAAAGUAAAGUUAUAACUAGAUCAGCUUCAUCUCCUAAUAUUGAUGAAGCUAUUAGUUCAAAUGUAUUAAGACUACGUGGUUCAAGCUCUGGUAUGCUUUCUGGAACAGGCAAAUGCUUUAUAGGGAAACCAAUGACCAACAAUGGGAACACAAAAAAAUAUACAAUGAUACAAUUACAGAAGGGUGUAGAGAUAGAUAUAAAUCAUGGCAAUGAAUGUAGUGGCCUUGAUAAUAAUAUAAGGGUAUCGUGUAAUUAUAAACCUAGCGAAGAAUACAAUAAUGUAAAUGGUAUUUCUAAAUGUAAACUAUGUACAAAUUCUGAGAAGUGCCUUUAUCAUCGUGGUUCGAAUACAAAAGAUGCAAUUACUCAGACUAACGAAGAUGACGACUUAUACAAUAGUGAAAUCCUAUCUAAUACUGAUAAUAAUGAAGGAAAUAUUUGUAAUGAUGAUGAAAUUACUACGGAUGAUACUUCUAGUAAAGAUAAAGAACGAGGUUUAUCAUAUUUAAAUAAUCAAGUAGCUAGUUUGAUGAAUCUUGUACAACAGAGUCAUAUUAAACAGGCAGCUGCACAAGCUAUUGCAGAUGAUGAGAGACGCAGACUAAUAACAAUUGCUACAGACUUAUCUGAUAGUAGACAAUUAACUGAAUUCUAUAUAAAACUAGCUCGUAUAGAUAUGGAGUUAAACCUAAUGAGUCAUUAUGUAGUGCAAAGUGAAAAGGACUUAUCUAAAUGUAGAUCAAUGAUGGAUGUUUUAUCUCAAUACCAAGAACAGAAUACUGCUGAAUUAAAUGGUGCACUAUCUACUGUGAAAAAACAUCCAGAAUUGGCAAAUAAGUUGAACAAGACAAUUCAGAGACUAUCAAGACGCAAGAAGAUAGCUGAGAUGAUUCAAAUAGAAUAUAAUGAGAGAUUUGAGAAGGCAAAACAAGAUCUAUUUAACUAUAAUCAACUUAUAGCAGAGUUGAAAUUUAAUAAGACCAAUACCGAAGAAGUAAUUGAGAAAAUAAAGAAUAAAGCAGUCUCAGAAGUUAAGCAAAUAAUUUCAAUAAAUGAUACAGUCUCAGAAAAUGUCAUUAUUGAAACAGAAGAUAGUAAUACUUUAGAAUGUGAUACUUAA